AUGGAAAACCGACAAUACAUCCCAGGGCCACCGUCCUCCGGGAUGCAACAACCGGGCCAACCACACCCUAUGAACAUACCACCACCUCCUCCGCCUCGACAUCCUGUACCACCGCCGCCGCCCAUGAGAACACCUGGAGGAGCAGCUUAUGGCACUCAUACACAAUUCCAACCAUCUUGGAUACCUCCUCCACCGCCUCCGAUGACAUCUGCCCAUCCACAGAAUCAGCAUAUGAAUUAUGGCCGCCCUUCUACUGCUCCCUUCGCGAUUCCUCCCCCUCCUCCCCCUCCGCCUCCGCCUCAAACGAACAACGCGAACAACGCCCAGCCUGACAACCAGCCACUCACAUCCGCAACUUAUAUUCCACGGCACGACCAACCACUUACAUCCGCCACAUAUAUUCCCGGUCACGAUACUAUUGGCGUCGGUAUUCCACCCUUGUUUGAAGCACGAACGCCGUAUGAAGCAUACGGCCAUCAACCACGACUGAAUCAAGCGCACGGCAUUUCAGGUGUCGAUGGCACAUACACAAGAGACGACCCGACCCUUUAUGGGAAUGUUCACUACGACAAGGCGCAACCCUCGGGCGCAAGUCGGCCCCCCGAUGUCGGAAAGUCGCCGAGCAAUCGUCACAACGGGGCCGGCGACCUAUCACCCAGCGAAGCCCCUGAUCAUUGGCCAUUGGAUCGAGUCCUUUUGUGGCUGGCCGUGAAUGGAUUCUCCGAUGACUGGCAAGAAACAUUCAAGGCAUUGGAACUUCAAGGGGGCGAAUUUCUCGAGCUGGGGCUUGGGUCUGGUGGACGAGGCAACCUUGGCAAGAUGCAUCAAGUUGUUUACCCCCAAUUGGCCAAGGAGUGUGCCCGGCGUGGCUCUAAAUAUGAGCAGGCCCACGAACGCGAGGAAGGGAAACGCAUGCGUAAGUUGAUUCGCCAAAUUCACGAUGGUUCACAGGAGACCUCGGUCUCUACGCCACAGCGAACGGAUCCCCCGCUGUUCUCAGCGGAGGGACUGCCGGGUUUCUACUCUAAUGCCGAGCCUCGCUCUGCUGGUGGUGGCAAUGACAUGUAUCCCGACCCGUCAGCCGCGCUGCCGGCUCCGUCUUCCGCCCAGAGGACAAAUGGACAAAUGCGAUCUGUUACUGGGCCGCCGGCAUCAGCUGGGCAUGACUCUUCGGCGCAUGAUUCCCCUUCACGAGAAUCGGCAACCUGGUUUCGAUCGGAGGCAUCACGAAUUGCCUUGUCAUCCCUCAGCGACCAUAGGCGACAGAGCCCCUCAAUCUCUAGCGACACGGGUCCUUAUCCAGCGCCGUCUUCUUACCGCCAGGACAAGGAUAGCCCGAAGAGCGGCAGUCCGGCCAUGCAGCAUAUGUCUCCCUCUUACCCAGGGCUGAGUUCCUCGUCAGCUACAGAUUUGACCAUCAGACACGAACAUUCCCGGGGCAAUAGUACAGAAUCAAUUCCUGGCGUCGGUCAAGGUCAUCUAUCUACAGGGAGGUACUAUGAUUCCCGCAGACAAGGCCCAGAGGGCGCUCGUCCAUCUCCCCAAGACCGUCAAUGCAGCUCAGAAAUAUCGUCCUCGCUUCCGAGAGAGCAUAGCAAGGGUAUUUUCAACCUCUUUCGGAGGAAGGCCAAGCCGGACUCGAGUCAUCCGUCGCCAGAAGACCAGUUUCUGGAGUCUCCAACAAGCCCAGAAGCCCACCCGAAUGGACCAUAUCCCCCAUACCUGAAGCCGACCCUCAAUUCCAGCGACGUCUCUGUCGGCGAACGUCCGUCAUCGACGCACACGUCGGAUCCCGAGAAAGUCGGGAGGACAAAACAGACCAGCAAAGGCAAGCGGUGGAUCUUGGCCACCAUGGAUGGCUGGAACUACCGCCUCAUUGACGUGUCUGAGAUGGAAAGUGUUGAGUCCCUGCGUGCCGGAAUUUGCCAGAACCUUGGUAUUUCGGAUUGGGGCAAUGCGCAGAUCUUUGUCACUGAGCCUGGGCAGUCUGAGCACGAGGAACCCGUCAAUGAUACGAAUCUGUCGCUCUAUCGCAGAAACAGAUGCGACCCUCAUGGUUCCUUGAAGUUGUUCGUGCGAGGCACUGUUACACAAUCUGCGCAGACUACUCCCCGAUUUGACGGUCUGGGGGUCUCAAUACCAGAAAAACCUGCCCCCUCUCCCACGUCCUUGCAACACCAGCUCCACAGGAAACCGCUGGAUGGUGAUGCUCUCAACAGGAUAUCACCACACACUCCAGGCAAACCACUAGGCUCGCCCUCGCAAGCGACGUUCAAGACUUCUCCUACCGCAAAUGGUUCUCAAGAUCAGACUCCCGACUCUGAGAAGGAUAUCCGUGCUCGCUAUGAGGAUCACUUGCGCGAGGUUGAGCGCAAGCAGAAGGCAUAUCGGAAUUCACGAUUGCACCCCUCGCAAGCUGGCAUCAGAGGGACCAAAGUCAUUGAUUUUGACAAGGGUCGUGUUUCUCCCUAUGAUAAGGAUACCUUUUCAAAGACCGACACGCUGAAGCCCCUUCGGAAAGCGCCGAGCGCACCAAACGAAUCCAACACGCUUACCAAGGUCAACUCCCUUAGCAAAAGACCUGGUGAUCGUGAGCGUGCACGCCCAUCGCAACCUGUUCACACACACGGUCUUGGGGCCAUGAUUGCGAGCAUGGGGCGCAUCGGUGGUGCCGUCGGUACACCAUCGUCUUCUGUACCGGUUCCUCCCAGUCCCUCAAACCGGGAUAGUGCCAGCUCAGAGACGGUUACUCUAGAUUCUGCUGCGUCUGCAUCGAGUCAGACAACUCCGAGUAAGUUCCGGGGGAUUUAUUUUGUUGUACAGUUAACUAACGAGCGUUUAAUCGCAGACUCCUCAAGGCCCUCUUCGAAGUUGACCUCCGAACAAGAAGCACGGAAAUCUCAGGAAUCAUUUGCCGCUCCUUCUUCGACAACGUCAUCGCGGAAGCCCUCUCUCCAGUCUCGAAAGUCGUUUGGACCCGAAUUCGUGUUUGAGGAGCAUGAAGUAUCAUUCCAGCGGCCUCCUAAUCCGCCAACAACAGAGGAAUCUGAUGAAAGUUCUGACGACGGUCUUUGGGCAAUGCGUCCGACACACCAGACUAAGCAAGCGGAGACUAGUCUUCAAAAGCAAAGGCCCACUCUCACUGUCGACACGGAAAACAACAGGGAUUCAAAAGUUCGCUUCAAGUCUCCGAUCGAUGUUGCCCGAUCAGCACAAACCUCUGGCGGGGAGACAUCCGACGACAAAGAACAGAAGUCUGGUACCUGGUUUGACGCAGAUGAACCAGAUACGCCAGAAGAGGAGAAACCACCCGGCCCAGUGUUCGCCCGAGAAGACGUUUGGGCGAGUAGACCUCCAGUUGAGGGCGUCAUUGACGAUCUUGAUAAGUUCUUCCCGAACAUCGAUCUUGAUGCUCCCUACCUAGAUGGGCCUCCAUCGCCAAAUGGCCGAGGCCCUGUCGAGCAGAAACAGGAGGCUCCAACCUCUGCUGCUUCGCACUCUGGUCCAAGUCCCGUCGAUUCAUCCUACGAUGCGGAGUCAUCGACUGUGAAGCCGAAUGACGCUGGAGCUUAUGCUCGUCGCGCAGUCUCGCGCAGUGGUGGCGGCCUUCAGCGGAUGAAGUCUAUUCGAGAGGUGGCCCAAGGCGCGAACAAGGCCAACAGGACGCAAAGUAUCAGUGGGGUCAGUGGCCAAAGAGGAGGUGACAUGCUGCGCCGCAGAAGCACGACCAAGAUGUUUGGUGCCAAAAUCAUGCAAAUCAGCCCUAAGCCAGGUGGUCAACUCAAUCGACUCGACCCUAUACCGAGUAGUAGCCAGGCUGCUGCUGCUACUACUGCUGCUGCUACUACUGCUGCUGGUAAUGCUCCGCCGCAACGACAGCCCACUUUCCGUAUCAUCCGCGGUAAGCUCAUCGGCAAGGGAACCUACGGCCGGGUGUAUCUGGGCAUCAACGCAGACAAUGGUGAAGUCUUGGCUGUGAAGCAAGUCGAGAUCAAUGCCCGGAUUGCAGGCAUGGACAAGGAUCGUAUCAAGGAGAUGGUGGCUGCGCUGAACCAGGAAAUUGACACGAUGCAACACCUCGAACACCCUAAUAUCGUCCAGUAUCUCGGUUGCGAGCGCGGCGAAUUCUCCAUCUCCAUCUACCUCGAGUAUAUCUCUGGUGGCUCGAUUGGAAGCUGUCUUCGCAAACACGGAAAAUUCGAAGAGAGCGUUGUCAAGUCCCUCACACGGCAGACCCUAAGUGGACUCGCAUACCUGCACGACAAGGGCAUUCUCCACCGCGAUUUGAAAGCAGAUAAUAUCCUUCUGGAUCUCGACGGAACAUGCAAGAUCUCUGAUUUCGGUAUUUCCAAGAAAACUGACAAUAUCUACGGCAAUGAUUCCACCAACUCCAUGCAGGGCUCGGUCUUCUGGAUGGCCCCGGAGGUCAUCCAGUCCCAGGGCCGCGGCUACAGUGCCAAAGUCGAUAUCUGGUCCCUUGGUUGUGUGGUUCUGGAAAUGUUCGCUGGCCGUCGCCCGUGGAGCAAGGAAGAGGCUAUCGGCGCCAUCUUCAAGUUGGGCAGUCUCAGCGAGGCUCCUCCCAUCCCCGAAGAUGUAUCUUUGAAUAUCAGUCCUGCGGCGCUGUCUUUCAUGCUGGACUGCUUCACCAUAGAUACCUACGACCGUCCCACAGCUGGAACCCUGCUCACGCGCCACCCCUUCUGCGAAGCAGAUGCGACUUACGAUUUCCUCAACACGGAACUCUACGCCAAGAUCCGCGAUGUCCUUUAA